CCUCCUCCCUGUCUCCGUCUCUGUCUCCCUUAUAUAUGCCCUUCCUCUCUCCCCCUUUCUUUCCCCUUCAAUUCAAUAUUUUCAUUUUCGUGACUCCCCUUUCUCACUCACUCAUCUCUCUCUCUCUCUCAUCGCUUCGCCCAAGUCACUUCCGAUCGCAGCAUGUCACGAUCACUCUCCGCCUCCUCCACCGACGGUGAUGCUUCUUGCCCCGCCUCCGCCGGCGAGAUCAUGUUGUUCGGCGUUAGAGUCGUUGUGGAUUCCAUGAGGAAGUGUGUGAGUAUGAACAAUCUUUCGCAGUACGAGCAACCUCAGGAUGGCUCAAAUAACAACAAGGAAGAUGUUCUCGCCGCCGGUUAUGCCUCCGCCGACGAUGCCGUUGUUCAUAAUCCCGGCAAGCACCGCGAGCGUGAGCGCAAGCGAGGGGUUCCUUGGACGGAGGAAGAACACAGGCUGUUCUUGCUGGGAUUGCAGAAGGUAGGGAAGGGCGAUUGGAGAGGGAUCUCAAGGAACUAUGUGAAAACAAGGACUCCUACACAGGUUGCGAGCCAUGCUCAGAAGUACUUCCUUCGAAAAAGCAACCUUAAUCGGCGACGCCGUAGAUCCAGCUUAUUUGACAUUACCACUGACUCGGUUUCGGCAAAUCUAGUGGAAGAACAGAUCCAGCCUCAAGAUAAUAUGCCUCAUCCACAUCUUGUGCACACUGCAUCAUCUGAAACCAGCAACAUCAAUGGAUUUCCAAUGAUGCCACUAUAUCCAAUGGCUGUUGGGUCUGGAGCGAUUUCAUUCUUGGGCAGGAAUCCUGUGGAGGAGCUACCUCUGGGGCAUGGAGAUCCAAAAGCUUCUGCUAUGUCUGAUGUUGCCUUGAGUUCGAGCUCAUCUCUUGAUCUCCCGACGCUGUCUCUUGGACUAUCCUUGUCGUCUGAUCAGAGAAAGACAUCAUCAAGGCAAUCAAGUUUACAUGCACUGCCAUGUCUCAACAAUGGAGAAAGCAUCAUAAGCGUUGCUUGAGAAACAUAACUUUUGUUUAUGGUUUGUUUCUAUAGCAUUAGCAACUAUGAUUAACAGAUAUAUUAAAAUCUCAACUCUCCUGUCAAUUUUUGGUUGGGGAGGAAAAGAGAAAGGACAAUGGAUUAGAUAAGGCAACGUAACUAGGUGACAAAAAUCAGUCCUUCCGUUGGUUGUACAGACCCCAGAAAGGUCCUGUCCUGUUCUUCCUUCUUUGUUUGCUUAUAAUAUGACCUUAGGUUCUUGUUUAUUUGGAAGUUUAUGCUUUGAAGUUAAUGUAACUGAAAAUAAUUGCUACUUCCUGUUCAUUUCUCUCAACUUUGAAUGUGGCCUCCACAUAUAUACAAGUGGUUUCUAUAGCUUUCUGA